AUGUCUCGAGUCCCUCCUCCCGGAGGUCCUGGCCGCGGCCUAUUUGGCGGAGGUAGCCUGCCCGGUGGCAACCCUCGACCACCGCCUCCCGGCCAAGGAUACGGAGGCGGUCCCGGGUAUGGCGCCCCUCAGGGAUACGGCAGCGAUCCCCGCGCCGGCCAGAGACCGCCGCCCUCCCCGCAGCGAUUCGGCGAGAAGCCGCCCGGCCCGUCUGGCGGCGGGCGACAGGUGCCUCUCCAGGUUGAAAAGGUCGCAGACAAGACUUUGCAGGUCAAGUUGAUCUACGGCAACAUAUGCGCUGUUUCGCCCGAAGACUUCCCCCCGAGCCGCGACGGAUCCGACCUCUACAUCCUCAUCCGCGGCGGCGACCCGGUGGGCGAAUACGUCGUCACCGCCCAGCCCGUCCCCGGCUUCCCCGCCGGCUGCAUCAGCCUGUCGGACCCGCAGCGCAGCUGGUCGGGCAUCACGAUGCGCGACCAGUUCACCGGCGAGGUCUUCGACCCGUUCCGGUCCGGCGGUAAGGCGUACCUGGGCUCCCUGGACCUCGAGAUCGGCUUCGCGUCGCCGAGCAAGAAGACCGACGUGCCGUACGACGAGGAUGAGCUCGCCAAGAUGUUCAUGGACACGUACGGGAACCAGGUGCUGGCGCCUGGGCAGCCCCUGAUCAUGGACGUCCGCAACAUUCCUCUGCGCAUCAUCGUCAAGACGGUCGGGCUGGUGAAUCUCGCCAUGGGCGGCGAGGAGGGCGCGCAGAAGCGCAGGGAGGCUCACGCCCGUGGCAUCUUGACGAACCAGACCCGGGUCCUCUUCCACCGCGAUGGCAAGGGCGACUUCAACCUCAAGCCGUCGAUGAACAAGCCCAACUCCAACGCCAUCCUGGCUCCCGACUUCAAGUUCGAGGACAUGGGUAUCGGUGGUCUCGGUGAUGAGUUUUCCACCAUCUUCCGUCGUGCCUUUGCCUCUCGUGUGUUCCCCCCCGGCCUGAUCGCCAAGAUGGGCAUUCCCCACGUCAAGGGCAUGCUUCUCUACGGACCUCCGGGUACCGGCAAGACUCUCAUCGCUCGACAGAUUGGUAAUAUGCUGAACGCCAGACCUCCCAAGGUCAUCAAUGGUCCCGAGGUGCUCAACAAGUACGUUGGACAGUCGGAAGAGAACAUUCGAAAGCUGUUUGCCGACGCUGAGAAGGAAUACAAGGAAAAAGGCGACGAGUCCAGCCUGCACAUCAUUAUUUUCGACGAACUGGAUGCCGUGUGCAAGCAGCGUGGAUCAGGAGCUGGUGGCGGCACUGGUGUGGGUGACAGCGUUGUCAACCAGCUGCUGUCGAAGCUUGAUGGUGUUGACCAGCUGAACAAUAUUCUGUUGAUCGGAAUGACCAACCGAAAGGACAUGAUUGACGAUGCUCUGCUUCGUCCCGGUCGUCUGGAGGUACACCUCGAGAUUUCCUUGCCCGACGAGGACGGUCGUCUGGAGAUUCUCAAGAUUCACACGUCCAAGAUGAAGACGAACGGCCUUCUGGACCCCGAUGUGGACCUGGAGGAGCUCGCCAGCUUGACAAAGAACUACUCGGGUGCCGAGUUGAACGGUCUUGUCAAGGCAGCGGCUUCGUUCGCCUUCUCUCGCCACACCGAGGUGGGCCAGCUGGCGGCCGUGAAGCAGGAUGUCGCAAGCAUGAAGGUCAACCGGGCCGACUUCAUGAACGCGCUGACCGAGGUGCGUCCUGCUUACGGCGUCUCGGAGGCUGAGCUGGAGGAUGCUGUCCGCUUGGGCAUCCUGCCGUAUGCCGGCCACAUCAACGCGACGAUCCAGGAGAUGAUGCGCGUGGUGGGCAUGAUCAAGCAGGACCCGAACAAGUUCAACUCGUCGGUGCUGUUCCACGGCCCGCGCGGGUCCGGCAAGACGGCGCUGGCGGCGCACAUUGCGACGCAGUCGGGCUUUCCGUUCGUCAAGCUGGUUACGCCGGCGGACCUGGUGGGCUACCGGGACGACUUUGCCAAGAAGGACUACGUGCACAAGGCAUUCGCGGAUGCGUACAAGUCGCCUGCUAGCAUUCUGAUUCUUGAUGACUUUGAGCGCCUGAUUGGCUGGAACCCGAUCGGAUCGCGGUACUCCAACGUGAUGCUGGAGGCCCUGACGACGCUAAUUGUGUCGAGGCCACCGAGGGGCCACCGAUUGCUGGUGUUUGUGACGACGUCCAAGGCGUCGGUGCUCAAGAUGCUGGAGGUGGACCAGGACUUUGCGAAGAAGGUGGCGGUGCCAGCGGUGUCGACCCUGCGGGAGCUGGGCAGCGUGCUGCACGAGUCCAAGUCAUUUGACGGCGGUGAGAUUAGGCAGGUGAUGGGGAUGGUGCAGGAGCGGACGCGGGAGGAGAACGUGGGCGUGGGCAUCAAGACGAUCCUGGACUCCAUCUUCGAGGCCAAGGCGGGCGGGCAGGACAGCAACGUGCUGGAGACGUUUGUGGACCUGCUGGUAGAGAAUAUGAACGACCUCAGGGGGUAG